AUGGGCUACGAUAGUAUCAAUCUUCAGCCCAAUUUCAAACCAAUUGAUCAUUUGUAUGACGACAGGUUGCGUCAAUUCACCAACACGGGGGGCCAGUUCCACAACUUGAACCUCCCAAAAUUCUACGACAUCCACCGUAAAGAAAUUGGCAACUUAAAGUCGUGGAGAGUGCCAGACGACGAAGACGGAAAGACACAAAGACCAUUGUUCAAAGACAUCGACUUUGAUGACAUCAAGUGGGACAACAUCGGAUUGGGAUACAACUUUGGGCCUUCGUGGAAGACGUUCUGGGUCAAGUUUGAGUUGGAGAUCCCAGAGGAGUGGUUGAAGUACGAAGGAUUGGAGGUCGAAUGGGACCUGAGUUCCGAAGCGUUGAUCUACAACUCAAAGGGGUUGCCAUUGCAGGCAUUCACCGGUGGUGAACGUAACUUGUUCAACAUUCCCAAGGAGUACCGUGUCAGUGAGAAACAGGUGUUCUACAUUGAGGUUGCAUGUAAUGGUAUGUUUGGUAACGGUGCUGAUGGUGAGCCAGAUCCAAAUCGCCAUUUCCGUUUGAACCGUGCACAUUUGGUUGUUCCUAACUUGGAGGCCAGACGAUUGUUCUGGGAUUUCUGGAUUCUUGGUGAUGCCACAAGAGAGUUCCCUGGAGGACACUGGCAAAAGUACCAAGCUGCUGAUAUCUGUACUCAGAUUAUGAACACGUUUGACCCGGAAGAUGUGGGGUCCAUUGCCAAGUGUCGUAAGUUGGCCGAGCAAUUGUUAGGUGACAAGAUCAACAGUGACGACGUGUUCCACGAGUACCCCAACGACAGAAGCAAGAGAGUAGAUGUGUAUGGUAUUGGUAACUGUCACAUUGACACUGCGUGGGAGUGGCCAUUUGCUGAGACGAAACGUAAGAUUGUGCGUUCAUGGACAACACAAUUGAAGUUGGCGGACGACUACCCGGAGUAUGUGUUUGUUGCUUCGCAGAUGCAGCAGUUCAAGUGGUUGAAGCAGUAUCACCCGGAGAUCAUGGAGAAGAUCCACGAGAAGUUCACGACCAACCAGUUUAUCCCGCUUGGAGGCUCGUGGGUUGAGAACGAUACCAACAUCCCGAAUGGGGAGUCGCUUCUUAGACAGUUUGUUGUGGGCCAGAGAUACUUGAUGCACGAGUUUGGUUUCCAGAGCAACAUUUUCUGGUUGCCGGACACGUUUGGGUACAGUUCCCAGAUUCCGCAGAUCUGCCAGGCCGCGGGCAUCCACCGUUUCUUGACACAGAAGUUGUCGUGGAACAACAUCAACACGUUCCCAUUGAGUACGUUCAACUGGAAGGGUAUUGAUGGAUCGCAGUUGUUGGUGCACAUGCCGCCUGCCAAUACGUACACUGCUGCUGCCAACUUUGGUGAUGUUGUGAGAUCACUGCAACAGCACAAGAACCUCAGGGAUGUUCCAACGGGUAUGUUGCUUUACGGUCACGGUGACGGUGGAGGUGGUCCCAAGGAGGAGAUGAUUGAGAAGUUGAGACGAUGCAGAGGGUUGGCCAACAAUUCUGGGUUGAUUCCUAGUGUCCAUUUGGGAGUCACGGUUGAUGAUUUCUACGAGCACUUGUUGGAGGAAUCGGACCAGGGACGCAAGUUGCCGACGUGGACUGGCGAGAUUUAUCUUGAGUACCAUCGUGGUACAUACACCACCCACGCGGGAAUCAAGAAGUUUAUGAGAUUUGGAGAGAUCAGAUUGCACGAUUUGGAGUUGAUUGCUGGGUUGGUGAGUGUCAAGGUCAAGGAGUACAAGUACCCUGCCAAGGAGAUUCUUGAGUUGUGGGAAGACCUCUUGUUGUGUCAAUUCCACGAUGUUUUGCCUGGUAGUUGUAUUGGUAUGGUGUACUACGAGGAAGUGUACCCGAUUGCCAGAAAGUUUUUCAAGAAGACCAGUGCGCUUAUCUACCAAGCGUUGAAAGCCGCUGGGGACAGCAAGAAACCUAGUGUUGUUAACACUUUGCCAUGGGACCGACACAACGAGAUUGUGGAAGUCAACAAGAACGAGUCACCAGAGUUGUACAAUCUGUUGGUGAGCCAAGGUUCCGGUGUGUUGAAGACCAGACAGAGCGAGGACACCAUUGCUAUUUCUGUCGACCAUGUUGGUGGAGUUACCAAGAUCAACAGCAAGGUUGACUACCCUGCCAGUGUUGCAGAAACCGAGGACGGGUUCACGUUGUCAAACAAGUUGCUCACAGCCAAGAUCUCGGCUACCGGUAUUGUCACCUCGUUGUAUGAUGAGGUGAACAAGAGAGAAAUCAUCGACACCACUGUGACCAAGGAGUCUGGUGGGGAAAUUGUUGGUGGUAACCAGUUUUUGCUUUUUGAUGAUGAACCGUUGAACUUCCCUGCCUGGGACACUGAGUUGUACAGUUUGGAGAAAUUCAAGUUUGUUAACAACGGCCAGGCCAAGGUGUUGGUCAAUGAUGAGUUGGAGUCGUCUGUUGUUGUGAAGCACAAGCUUUCUGACGAGUCGUACAUUGAAACUGUGAUUUCUUUGGCGGGUGUCAACGAUGGUGCCAGUGGUCAAAACAACUAUCUUAAGUUUUCCAGCACUGUUGAGUGGCACGAGACCUACAAGUUCUUAAAGGUGCAGUUUCCAACGACUAUUUACACUGCGCAACAGGCCAGUUACGAGACCCAGUUUGGUGUCACCCAGAGAGCUACACAUUGGAACACGACCUGGGACGUGGCCAAGUUUGAAGUUGCGCACCACAAGUUUAUGGACUUGAGUGAGUUCAACUAUGGUGUUUCUAUCUUGAACAACUGCAAGUACGGUGGUGCUAUCCAUGGGAACUUGAUUCGGUUGUCGUUGUUGAGAAGUGCCAAGGCGCCAGAUAACAAGGCGGAUAUGGGUAGUCACAAGUUUGAGUAUGCUAUUUUACCACACGGUGGUGCCGUGGGGGUGGACACUGUGAGAGCCGGGUACAACUUUAACUACAAGCUUUUGUCGCAACAAUUUGACACUUCGUAUGUGCAUUCUGUGCGAUUAGAAGAGCCAUCUGGGUCAUCGUUGUCAUCGUUGGUGUUGUCGCAUGUCAAGAGGGGGGAGAAUGAUGUUGAUGUGAGCCAGUUUGACAGUUUGACGAACAAGACGACCAAGGCCAAAUCGAUUGUUGUGAGAGUGUAUGAAUCACUUGGAGGUAGUAGUGAAGGCACAUUGGUUUUGGAUGCACCAUGGUUGAAAGUUGAUAAAGUGUUCAAGGCUGAUGGGUUGGAGAAUGAAUUGGAGGAAUUGAAAGUGAGAGAUGGUGGUAAAAAAGUUGAUAUUUCCUUGAGAGGGUUUGAGAUUGCUACAUUUAAGGUAUUGUUAAAGGAAUAG